UAAUACAUUCCCAGACAUUCCGCUGAGUACGUUACGUUUACUUGAUGAAUCAUCAGUAACUGGAGUUCGCCAUCAGUCUUAUGCCCAUGACGGUCCUGUAUAUGCAAUUGUUGGUUUUCGAAAAUUUGGUGGAGAAAAUUCUACCGGGGAAAAUGUUUCAGAGAUAUAA